ACACCUUUUAGGCCUCUACCAUUUCUUCAGUUGAAAUUGAUAGAUUGGCAGCAUAGUUUGCAUUGCAUUUGAACUGGUUGCUCCAAAUUUCAAGAAAAGUUCCAAAGCAUUUGCUAAUCGAUAUGGCAUUUCGGUUGAGAAAAUUGUUACUGACAAAUGGCUGCUCAUCCUACAACAUUUCAACCGUCAUGGCUAACAACAAAAACAAGUAUUCUACUGUAUUCACCCCACUUAGACCUAUAUCAAACACUUGCAUGAACAACUUUCUUUCCACCGAUCAAAGCACCUUCAAGCCUCAGGUUGACUCUCUUAAGUCCGAUGAUGAUGCUGUGGUUGAUCAAGACUUUCAGAAGUGGCAUAAUGGUGGUGGGACUUUUCACAAAUCAGCAUAUAUUCAUCGAACAGCGGUCAUAGAAUUUGGUGCAGUAGUUCAUUCAGAGUCUCUUUUGGGUGAAAAUGUUUCUAUUGGGUCUGGGGUUGUCGUUGGACCUGAUGUCACGAUUGGUCAAUCUACUAGAGUAGGAUACAAUGUUGCUCUUACAAAUUGCACAAUUGGUGAUUCCUGUGUUAUCCACAAUGGUGUCUGCAUUGGCCAAGAUGGAUUUGGAUUUUUGGUGGAUGAACAGGGUAAUAUGUUGAAGAAGCCACAGCAUUUGAACGUGAAGAUAGGUAACCACGUGGAAAUUGGAGCAAACACAUGUAUUGAUCGAGGCAGUUGGAGAGAUACUAUUGUAGGAGAUCACACAAAAAUAGAUAAUUUGGUUCAGAUUGGUCACAAUGUACAAAUCGGGAAGAACUGCAUGAUUUGUGGGCAAGUUGGAAUUGCAGGUUCAGUAACGAUGGGUGACUACGUGACACUGGGUGGAAGGGUUGCAAUCCGUGAUCAUGUCUGCAUUGCAUCAAGGGUCAGAUUAGCUGCUAGUAGCUGUGUCACAAAAGACAUUAAUCAGCCAGGGGAGUAUGGUGGCUUCCCUGCUAUGCCAAUUGGGAAAUGGCGAAGACAAGUUGCUGCUCAACGUCAGACAUUCAAGUAGGAAACCUGCGUGCGUCUUAGGGAAUCACUGCCACUGUUGAGAUCUUGAUGGCUAACCUUUGUGCGGCUGCCAUGAUUAUCCUUGGUUCUCGAUGACAUGGAUACAAAACUGCUGAAAUAGCUAGUGGCUUGAAGAAACUUUUGUCUGUGCAUCAUUUUAUGUUAUGAAACAGGGUGAGACUUUUGAUAGGUAUAAUGUAAUUGGAAUUACCGUAAUUUUUACUAGCAUGUCUAUAACUCAGUAGAAACUUUUAUCCAUAUAAUGAACUGAUUUACUCAGAACAUCUGCUUUAAAGGGAUUUUUGAGGUU